AUGUUCUCGAAAGUUGUAACGUGGCGACAAAUUACAAGUCAUUGUUUUAGUUGCUCGCGUAUUGUCCUACUUCGAAAUGCUUCAUCAAGUAGUGAACCACAAUAUGAUCUUGUUGUCAUUGGUUCAGGACCAGGAGGUUACGUAGCAUCAAUCAAAGCUGCACAACUUGGUCUUAAGACAGCAUGUGUUGAAAGAAAUGCAACCUAUGGUGGAACAUGUCUUAAUGUUGGCUGUAUUCCUUCUAAAGCAUUACUUCAUAACUCUCAUCUCUAUCACAUGGCUCAUGACGGUGAAUUUAAAAGACGAGGCAUCCAAUUCGAUGAUGUUUCACUUAAUUUACCUGUGCUGAUGAAACAAAAAGAUGAUGCGGUGAAAUCUUUGACUAGUGGUGUUGCUUAUUUAUUUAAAUCUAAUAAAGUAACUGGCAUUCGGGGUCAUGGUAGUGUAAGUGGACCUGGCCAAGUUGUUGUCACAAAGGAAGAUGGUACGAAUGAGAUUCUUACAACAAAAAAUAUUCUCAUCGCUGUUGGUUCAGAAGUCACUCCGUUUCCUGGUAUAGAUAUCGAUGAAGAAACUAUUGUCUCAUCGACAGGUGCACUUUCACUUAAUCAAGUACCUAAAAAAAUGGUUGUAAUUGGUGCAGGUGUUAUUGGACUUGAAUUAGGUUCUGUAUGGAGUCGUUUAGGUGCCGAAGUAACAUGUGUAGAAUUUUUAUCUCAUAUUGGCGGUACUGGUAUUGAUAUGGACGUAAGCAAAGCGUUUCAAAAAAUUCUAACUAAACAAGGAUUAAGAUUUAAACUCGAUACAAAAGUAAUCGGUGCGGAAAAAGCAAAUGGAGGUAUUCGUGUCAAACUCGAAGGAGCGAAAGGUGGUAACAAUGAAACACUUGAUUGUAAUACUCUACUUGUAUGCAUAGGUCGAAGACCGUACACGAAAGAUCUUGGUCUUAAUAGUGUUGAUAUUAAAUUCGAUAGUCGCGGCCGAAUCGAUGUUGAUAAAAAUUUUCAAACAUCGUGCAAAGGUAUUUAUGCUAUUGGCGAUUGUAUUCAAGGACCUAUGUUAGCACAUAAAGCCGAAGAUGAAGGAAUUAUUUGUGUUGAAAAUAUUGCUACGGGUCGUAAACCACAUAUAGACUACAAUUGCGUGCCAAACGUUAUAUAUACACAUCCCGAAGUUGCGUGGGUUGGAAAAUCCGAAGAACAAUUAAAACAAGAAGGUGUUAAAUAUAGAAUUGGUAGAUUUCCUAUGUCAGCUAAUAGUCGUGCGAAAACAGUCAAUGAAAUCGAUGGCUUUGUUAAAGUAUUAUCCAAUGACAGAACUGAUCGAAUUCUUGGUGUACAUAUAAUUAAUUCAGUAGCCGGCGAAUUAGUUAAUGAAAUAACAUUGGCGAUGGAAUAUGGCGCAUCGUGUGAAGAUGUAUCACGUAUUUGUCAUGCGCAUCCUACAUGGUCGGAAUCAUUGAAAGAAGCACAUCUUCAAGCAUACUUUGGCAAAGCGAUCAAUUUCACAUAA